AGCAGCUUCUGUCGAGGCGACAGCUGGGAAACAGAGACCGACUCCACGCGAUCGCAAACCUGCACAGAAACCAACCUUGAAAUAAAGGAGCGUUGAAGUAGGAUGCACGUGUUUCUGUGUCUCCAUCUGGAUGCUCCCACAGAUGACUUCCCACCUCUGCCUUCUCAUCCUGUCCAGCUUGGCAGUUUCAUCCCAACUGGGUAUGGACAAUGUUUUCUUUAGUCCCCAGGACCAAACAGUCAGGGAAGGAGAAGGAGUUUCCUUCCAGUGUGUGUCUGGGGAAAGUUCACCUCCUGCGAGCAUCUCAUGGCUCAAAGAUGGAGAGGAGGUCACAAGAGGUCGACAGAUUCAGGGUGAGUUUGGAGGUGGAAACCAGAAGAAAACGUCCGGUACUUUGCGUCUUUUCAAUGUCACAUUAGAGGACGACGGCAUAUACAUUUGUGUCACUCACAAUCCUUUACUGAACAUCAGCACCAAGAGCAAACCAGCUACACUAACGGUGCAAGGCAUUCCCAGACGACUGCAGAUCAUCCAGGGCCCUGACAACAUCACCGUCGCCAUGGGAACAGAGGUCUCCAUGCACUGUACUGCUCAUGGCUUCCCCGUUCCCAUGGUGCACUGGUUCAAAAACGGCUGCCACCUGACAGACUGUUCAGCCCUGUUCAGCCUGCAGAACAAUGGACAGCUGCUCACAUUCAGGCAUGUGGCCAAAGAGGACGAGGGCUUGUAUCACUGCGAAGCAUCGAACCAGAAAGAAACAAUCAAGUCCCAACCAGCCUUUCUACUAGUGGCUGAAAUGGACUGGAGUUUUGCACAGCAGCCCAUGAACCUGACAGUAAAGAGAGGUGAGAAUGUGACAGUCACAUGCAGACCUCCAUACAGCAAACCAGCAGCCCAGGUCACCUGGUUCAAAAACAACCAGCCUCUCACAUCUACAGCUCAUGUAACUCCACUGCCGAGUGGAGACCUCUACUUCUUCAGUAUCCAAGAGUUUGACAGUGGGAGCUACUUCUGCAGAGCCUCCAACAUCCACCUGAAGAGGUUUCUCACCUCUAGACGAGCAACAGUAACAGUCCUGGCCCCUCCAUCAGUGAAGGUGUGGCCCCAGCUGCUGACGGUGCCUGUGGGUGCUCGGGUGAUGCUGGAGUGUCAGGUGUCUGCAGGUCAUCCUUUACCCUCCAUGAGCUGGAUCAAGAGAGGCCACUCCAAGCAGACUGGAGGCAAGGUUGCUCUGGGACUGAGAAAUACCACUCUUCACAUCCAGUCGGCCAGGAGCUAUGAUGAGGGCGUGUACGUGUGCGCGGCCUCAAACCCGCUGGGUCAAAGUCAUGACAAAGCUACGCUAAGAGUCACUGUGAGCCCCAUCAUAGUGACCUUCAUGGGUCAGGUGAGCUGCCGGAUCGGGACAUCGGUGGUCCUACCGUGCACAGCUGUGGGGAUUCUUCCCAUCACAUACACCUGGAGCAGAGACAAAGCAGAGACACAGUCUCCUGUCGGUGUCAACAGGCGCGUUGAUGAAAAUGGAGCUCUACAUAUACUGAGUGUACAGUGGGCUGAUGCAGGAGAAUAUUACUGCACCGCUGAGAACCGAGCAGGACGACAUCAGAGACUCGCCGUCCUCGCGGUCACAGAUGAAAAUCAUCCAGCUGAUAGAGGAAAGCAGAUAAGCCUGGUUUUGACUGCUAUCACCGACACUGACGGAGACACACCAGUUUCCAGUGAUUCCUUUGCUGAGCAACAUCAUGUGCAGUCACAGCACAAGGAAGCCACAUGCACAUCAUCAGCCUGUGAUGGAGCUUCCACAAUCCCUACAUUUUCAAGAGGAGCAGUUUCUGAGAUGUCACCAGAAUCAACCAGCAGUCCAACUCAGCCGCUACUCACACAGAUCGCUCACCCUAUUUUGCCACCGCAGUUACUCCCAGACACAGACCCAGACUCAGUAGACCCCCACACCGCACAGCUACGGCGGAUUGGUGCACCGCGUUUCAUUUCACAUCGUGGACCACCAGCCAUCACAGAUCCUGUCACUGAAAGUCAAUUUUACCAGUCCGACCACAAGCCAACCUCAACACUCAUUUCUCAAACCAAGAUGGAAAACCCACACCAUCCACAGCCUUCACCGACCCAAUCGAAAGAUCUUCACACUCAUUCUCAAGAAUCGUUUAUUUCAAGGUUUUUACCCAAGUUCCGUCUCGAGCCGCCAACAACCCAGCCUCUGCUGCCUUCCCAACAACGUCCAGCUUCAGUCGCCGCGUCUCAGCCGUCCCAUGUUCACAGUCGGCCCUUCACAACCAAACCCACUUCCUCACAACCUCAGCUAUCUUCAGUGCAACCACUACAGCCCUCAAUCUCAACCAUCGACACACAUGGCGAGAUCUCCAAUCUGAUGACACCGGCCCCUGAGUUCCAUGUCGUCCCACAGUUGAACCAGUCUGAGCCGGAACAACUAAAUGAGACCCAGCAGGGUGACCCAGCUCAAUCAGCCAAAUCAACCAAUGACACUGAGCUUUCAGAGUGGCUGAAGAGGAACACAUCCCAGUCACCGAUGACCAGUAAUGAUCCCAGAGUGACCCAGCCGUCAUGGCUGCCCAUGGUGGAGAAACAUGACAUCCCUAUUGUUGUGGGGGUGGGUGUAUCCUUGGCCUUCAUCUUCAUCACUGUUAUGUUCUAUUCUGUGGUCCAGAAAAAUCCACCUGUACCCACAAACCGAGCAGCUCAGAGAAAUCUGGGUGUACCUGCACGAAACCCUGACCGCCGUGCUGCAGGACGUACGUAUGAAAACAGAGCUUUUGAAGAUGACGACUGCGUGGCUGUGAUCGAGCAGAGUCCUUACACGUCAGACACCCGAGCCCGACCUCCAGGGCCCAGUCUGGUCACAGUGCAGAUGGAGCCCUCAGCUGAGGAUCUUCACGAGGAUACACAACUGACUCUGGACAACCACUCAGUCUCUGUGGAGACUUAUCAUGAGGCCAUUCUAGACACAAAGAUUGAUCCUUCCCUGGAGGAGGAGAAGGGCUGCACUAUGUCCCAGCCCAACAUCCAGCUGCAGUGUGCCGAGGACUGGACCAGUAACAGAGGGGACAACCACAGCCUGUGUCAGGAUCCUUUGCCUCCUCCGUUGUCCUUACCUUCCUGUUCCCCUUCCCCCUCUCCUCCAUCGAGGCGUGAAGAGGGCCUGCACACCUCGUUGACCCUACAAAGUCCAGAGCAGUGUGCAGCACCGCUCCACCACAGCCUCAGCAUCUCACAUGGCAACCCUCCCCUGCUCCUGUCUCACCACCUCUCCUUGGGUCUCACUACGGUUGCUGUUGAUGUCCAUUUUUACCCACCAGCCACUGCUUCAGCGGCAGCCGGCACCAGCACCGGCACCCAAGUCAAUUCAGUCCCUCACUCCACCUGAAAACAUCUCUUCAGUCCUCCAUCAGUGAACAAUCAGCGACCAGAUUUCACCAGUGUAAGCCUCUGCAUACUGUAUGACCAACUACUGUAUUUCCAACUCUAAUUAACUCUACCAACAACUCUAACUAUAAAUCCCCCUCUUGAUGAGAAAUAAAUAAUAAUUUCUGGAGAAUCCAGAUUUUUCCAUCAAUCAAUGUCCACAGAAGAAAAUGGAAAGGUGCUGAUGUUAGUGUCUGUUGCUAUUUGAUACAUAACAACAUGCCAGGAGCACUGAGGUCCCUGCAAACCAGUUUUAUAUCACUGAUUGUGUGCAGAUUAAAUCAGUGAUUUAAUCUGUAUUUCUAAUCUUUACAUAGAACCAGGUUAUUUUUGUACCAGUGUGCAACAUUUACAAGGAAAUAUACAGUAAUGCCUAUGUUUGUAUACUUCUUAUACGUGCUUUAAAAUAAAUAAAUAAAAUCAACAGUUUUUAGUAGCCUUAGAAUAAGCCUUCUUCUAUAUGUACUGCAGUUCCCUUGCACACUUGUGAAAGGGAUGGUUGAGCAGAGGAGACCUCGAUUUGUGACAGUCUGCAGUCUCCCCAUCAGAUGCCAUAUCAUUUUUACACACUGGACACACUUUAACCAGCAACCACAGCUUCAGCUUCUCUACUUAAUGCACAAACACUAUAUGGUUAUUUAAAAAAAUAAUAUUUUUGUUAAUAUGUGUUUUAUCAUAGUAUUACUUUGUGUGUUGGUUAUUAACAGCUUUACCACAAAUAGUCUUGUUUUUUUUAUUGUUUAUAUCUUAAUUACUACUCUAUUAAUGAAGAAAAUGUAAAUGUGUUGUUUUGAAUUUAUUAUUUAUGUAGAGGACAAGUCACAAUUUCACAUUAUAUAAUUUAUAUGUCAAAUGUGUGGUACAGUAGCAUGUAACAGCCAAGGAUACAUUUUAUAUUGCAAUAAUUGUAAAACAAUCUGUUUCAACGAUCCUCUCGUUUCCAUAUAAGCUACUUGACUGUUAAACCUUGUUUGAAACCAAAGGAGGGUAAUACUGUAAGUGUUGGAUGAAUAUACACUGUAAUGACAAUACAGCCAA